UUCUCAAAUUUACAGAGAGACUCUUAUGAUUGGUCGUGUGUAAAAUGUCUUCGCUUUCUCAUAAAGAAAAUUAAAAGAGAAAAAGAGCCAGCCAUCUCACGAUUCUCACCGCACUCCGUAGCGCGCAGGCGUGAAAUUUCUGUGCACACGCCACACGGUAGACCCGCGCACAAGAAACGCGGUCGCACGCGCACGCAGUUGCAAUUGCAAACUAUCUAAAGCCCGCCUAUCUGCCAACUUGCCGCGUUCUUUCCAAGCGAUAAGCACAACUUCGAAAAAGAACGAACCACAAUACUCACAGAGACAGAGAGAGAGAGAGAGAGAAACACCUUGUGAUUCAACCGCAUCUCAUUUCUUCAUCUCGCAAAAGGACAGCAAUGGAUAAUUCUCAGGCCCAGGCGUUGGGGCCCAGAGACCGCAGAACUGACGCCCUCGGAGACCUUCAGGUCCUUCCCGAUGAAACCCUCUGCGCUCUCUUGGAAUACCUAUCUCCUCGGGAUCUCGCUCGCCUCGCUUGUGUCAGCAGUGUGAUGUACAUACUAUGCAAUGAAGAACCAUUGUGGAUGAGUCUAUGCUUUAAAAGACUAAAUGGCCCGCUUCAGUACAAAGGGUCAUGGAAGAAAACAGCUCGUCAUUUGGAGCAGCCUCUCAAUGAAUAUGAAGAACCCUGCAGAAAACCACUGCAUUUUGAUGGGUUCAGCUCUAUGUUCUUGUACAGAAGAUUAUACAGGAGCCAUACCACAUUGAACGGAUUUUCUUUUGAUAAUGGUACUGUGGAAAGAAAGAAGGACCUUACUUUAGAAGAGUUUUAUCAUCAGUAUGAUGGGAAGAAACCGCUUUUGCUUACUGGACUGACGGACACUUGGCCGGCAAGGCAUACAUGGAUGCUUGACCAGUUGUUGCUGAACUAUGGAGACACAGCUUUCAGAAUUUCUCAAAGGAGUUCGCAAAAAAUCUUGAUGAAAUUUAAAGAUUAUGUCUCAUACAUGAAACUUCAGCAUGAUGAGGAUCCACUAUAUAUAUUUGAUGACAAGUUUGGGGAAGUUGCACCUGGUUUGUUGAAGGAUUACAAUGUCCCUCAUCUAUUUCAAGAAGACUUUUUUGAUGUCUUAGAACGAGAUCAGCGACCACCAUUUAGAUGGCUUAUAAUUGGGCCAGAGAGGUCUGGUGCCUCUUGGCAUGUUGAUCCUGCUCUUACCAGUGCCUGGAAUACCCUUCUAUGUGGUCGUAAAAGGUGGGCAUUUUAUCCACCAGGAAGAGUGCCCCUGGGAGCCACAGUACAUGUAAAUGAAGAAGAUGGUGAUGUCAAUGUUGAGACUCCAUCAUCGCUGCAGUGGUGGCUAGAUUUUUAUCCACUACUUGCUGAUGAAGACAAGCCAGUAGAGUGUACCCAACUACCUGGGGAGACAAUUUUCGUUCCGAGUGGAUGGUGGCAUUGUGUCUUGAAUCUGGAAACAACUAUUGCUGUGACACAAAAUUUUGUGAAUUCCAAAAACUUUGAAUUUGCAUGUUUGGAUAUGGCCCCUGGUUAUCGCCAUAAGGGAGUUUGCCGUGCUGGAUUGCUUGCUCUUGAACAAGGCAGUUUUGAGGAUGCAGAUGAUAGUUUCAAUUACCCAGACCUGGCUAGGAAAGAUAAGAGGGCCAGAAUUCAGAAACCUGGAGAUGGUCCAAAUCAUGAAAAAACUACCAACGGUGCCUCUAGAAGAUAUAAUAUGUGGAAACAAGGUUUUUCAUAUGAUAUAAAUUUCUUAUCCAUGUUUUUAGAUAAAGAGAAAGACCACUACAUUCAUCCAUGGAGCGCAGGCAACUGCAUGGGACAACGAGAAAUGAGAGACUGGUUAUCCAAGCUUUGGGUUGGAAAACCAGGAUUGAGAGAACUAAUAUGGAAGGGAGCAUGUCUCGCACUAAAUGCGGACAAAUGGUUAGAAUGCCUGGCAGAAAUUUGUGCCUUCCACAAUUUGCCUUCUCCUACAGAUGAUGAGAGGCUUCCUGUUGGCACGGGUAGCAAUCCUGUUUAUCUCAUGGAAAACACUGUAAUCAAAAUUUUUGUUGAAGGAGGGCUGGAAGCUUCAAUUUAUGGUUUAGGCACCGAGCUUGAGUUUUACAAUCUAUUAUGUAAAGUCAACUCCCCUCUGAAGAAUCACAUUCCUGAUGUUUUGGCAAGUGGGAUUCUUUACCUUGAAAAUGGGUCUUAUAAAGUUGUUUCUUGGGAUGGAAAAGGAGUUCCUGAUGUGAUUGCUGAGAGCAAUCUGAGUCCAGAAAAUUGCAAAGUAGAUGAAUAUCCUUUUGGUGUAUGGAGCAAGAAACAAUUAGAAUACAGAAAAGCUGCGAUUUCAAUACAUGAAUCAAUUGGUCUGGCAGGAUGCACUAGUAUAUGGCCAUACAUCAUAAUAAAACGGUGCAAAGGGAAGAUUUUUGCUCAAUUGAGAGAUAGCCUGUCAUGGGAAGAUACACUAAGCUUAGCUUCUUUUUUGGGAGAGCAGCUCCGUAACGUUCAUCUCUUGCCCCUUCCACCUUUUAAUCAUUCAAUUUUUUCAGAUAUUGAGCUGAAAUUGCAAUUGCCCUUUACUAAUGGUUUUAUGGAGGCUGUUCCCAUUAACUCAAAAAUUUCAGCCGAAUGGGAAAUUUUCAUCAGAACUUUAAUGAGGAAGAAGAAGGAUGUAUCAAGUCGCUUGUCUAAAUGGGGCAAUCCGAUUCCUAACACACUGAUAGAGAAAGUUGAUGAAUACAUCCCAGAUGAUUUUGCGAAGUUGCUUAAUGUAUUUGAGGGUGAAAAUGGCCUAAAUAAAGUUUGUAAACCUUGCUCUUGGAUACACUCAGAUAUUAUGGAUGAUAAUAUUCACAUGGAAUCAAGGUUGGUUAGUUUGUUCUUGAGUGAAAAUGCCAAAGAUGAUGACUCUAUGAAUGGCUGUGAUGAAGGUGGAAAGGGAAAAUCAUGGUGCCCUAGCCACAUUCUUGAUUUCAGUGAUCUUUCGUUAGGAGAUCCUAUUUUUGAUUUGAUCCCCAUAUAUUUAGACAUAUUUAGAGGCGACCAGAGGCUCCUUAAGCAAUUUUUAGAAAGCUAUAAACUUCCUUUCAUAAAAAUGCCACAGCAUGAAUCAGAGGAGGGUGGUGAGAAAGUUGGACGACUUUCAUACCUUGCCAUGUGCUACUGUAUUUUGCAUGACGAGAAUAUUUUGGGAGCCAUCUUCGACAUAUGGAAUGAACUCAGAACGGCAAAGUCGUGGGAAGAAGUUGAGCUGGCAGUAUGGGGAGAGUUAAAUAAUUACAAAGGCUUUCCCUGAUCGUUGUCUGCAACUCUAAACUUUGGAUGCCAUGUCUCUGCUAAAUUUAUGUCAUUUCUAAUACGCAUAGAAAAUUCGGGCACAGCAAUAUGCUAGAGUUUAUAAUGUAAUGGGUCUCAUUCAAUCCUCAUUUUCAACAAAGAAAGUAAUUAGAAAGAAAAAGAAAAAAAAAAAAAAAGACUUGUAUUUCAUAAUAAUGUAUUUAUUCAUUGAGUCGCUUAUAGAGUUGUUAAAGACACAAGAAAGAAAGGAAGAAAAAAAGACGUAUAUUUCAUAAUAAUGUAUUUAUUCCUUCAGUCGCUUAUAGAGUUGUUAAAUUGUCUUUAUUGCAACCAUAACUGGUUUGAUUGAAAUUUUAAUCGACAGAAAGGGUGUGGCCUAAUUCCUUCUUGAUAAAGCGUGUCAUUGAAGUGAAAAAAAAUUAUAUUUCAGUGUUUCAAUCCUCGUGAUUUACCUCAUUUCGACUAUAAACUUCAGUUUUAAAAUUUUUUAUUUUAAUUCCUGAGCUUUAUGU